UAACGCCUCUUUCUUCCGAACGACCGACGAAGGUGAGUCUCGCCCGUUGCCUCGCCGACAUCGGCCAGGUGAACAAUGUCAAUGGUCGGUUGCGAACAACGAUGCGAAGUGUGCGGCGCACGCUCACGUCGUCUCGGACGUAUCCGCUGUCGGGGUUGCCCGCGACGGUGGUCUUCGCGGACACCGCGAGCGGUAAGAGGAUAGGGGUGAAAAGAAUACGGGAUACGCGUGGAUUUGGUACACCUGUGGAGGAUCGGUCGACCCUCGUCGAGAACGCGUCGCCGAACCGUCGAGAAAGGGGGGGGUGAGGAGGGCUUUUGGUCUCGGAUUACCGCCUUGUCCGGGAUCUUGUUACCGGAACCGGAUACCGCACUCUCCUUCAUUGUACCGCAUCGCUUCUGUCUCGGGUGUGUUCUAACGGGGGGAGUUUUUUUUCCAGGCGCUGACGUUGCUUUUGCCCGGCCCACCGCACCGGCGUCGGAGCCUUCCGAGGCUUCCCUUCGCCGUCGUAGGAUGCCAAGUUCAAGUUACAAAACGCCGGAGUAUCGACGCGACAUCCGCGAGUCUGCGAAUCUAAUUCUCACGAUAGCGUCGCGUGUCUGGGAAAUGUGAAAUUCGCACGUGCGUCACCCGCGGAUCUUGUUCGAUCCGCGAGCUCCCGCGCCUUCGCAAGGGGGGUCGAGUCUCGGCCGUUCGCCCUGCAGGAUUGGUGUGCGGUCCCUCGUUGGUUGAGAUUGUCGUGGUUCGCGAUCGGUUAACGGCUAACUUUGCGGUGUAAAAGUGGACCGAGUCGAGUAACGAGCGACAAGUGGAUAAUAGGGAUUUAGAUUUCCGAGUCGGGUCGUCGUUUGCUCGUGCCCACUUCGAGCUUCGAGCCUUUGCGCUUCGCGCUUCGAACCGGGACACUGACCUUUGCGACGCGACGUCUGACGUUGCGACGUACAACAACAUUGCCAACGAGGGAUCUCGAUUGUAAUUUUUCGAAAAGAGCGCUCGUACAACGCGAUAACAGAGUUUUCCCCAUCCCUUCGAACUUGGGGGUGUCCUUUGAAAGAAUUCUACGAAUAGCGACAACGCUGAUUCCGAUUGUACCCGUAAACCGGUGGCGUUCGUCGAUUUGCAACAAAAAUUACUCGUUUUAAUUUUUGAAAAAUCGUCGUCGUCCGAUCGGCUCCUUCGUUACCGUCCGCGGAGUUCAUUUUUUUUUCCAAUCAUUCGCGUACGAGACGUUGUUUCCCACGUUUGCCCGGAGAUGGAGCCGCACAACGAAACGAUCGCGUGUCGCGAAAGUUGUCACCGAGUACAUGGAAUUUACAAGUUGACCGAAUGUUUUCGAAUAUUAAAAAAUGUUAAAACCAGCGGUAAUUCGGACCUUCCGAGUACUCCUCGAAUCGCCAUGCGUGGGUAUACCUCGAUCGUUUUUCGAGUACCCGGGGCACCCGCAUAUCGUCAAGGAUGGAUCGAACGUUAUCCCGAUACUUCGCAGAGUUGCACGAACGAGAAGCUGAUGGUACGUACGUACGUACGAAGCGGUAGGUAAUGCACGCCUGCAAUCCGAGUAUGUAUGCAUACAAAAUAUAAUGCAGGUCAGUCUCUUCGUAAACGGAUUCGGACGAUACGAACACGCGCGAUCAAUUCUAAUUAUUCUUCUUCCUUUUCCUGCUCAAAGACCUCCGACGACGGAGAAUUAUAAUUAAUUAUCGCUGUCGUUACGACGAGAAAAAUGAAAUGAGGAUGGAUAAAAAAAAAAAACCAUCUCCACGUUGAUUUUGAUUGUAAUUCUUUUUUUUUUUUCUCUCAGAGUCUCCGACCGGUUUCAACGAUUUUCCCCUUGCAAUUACAGCCGACGUGAAUAAUUCUUCCGUUCGUCGAAUUUGAUCGUGAACUUGAGAAUCGGAGGUACAUUAAUUUUUCUUCGUUAUUGCCUUUUUUAUUUCGAAAAUAUUUCAGUAGCGGUUUUUUUGAUCGAACAAAAAUUCGUAUUACUCCGACGCUGGAAUCGAAUCCAUCCUCUCGUUGGCUGGUGGAAAUACAGAUAUGUAUAAUAUCUAUUAGACGGAGGGACUUGAGGGGCUCUUUUUAAGAUAAAGAGAUAAUGAGAAAAACUAACAAAAGGUCUCGACGAUUCACGACCUCUUUUCUAUCUCGCGUACACGAAUAUCUGUGAAAAGAGAAAGAAACGAGCUGCGACGAAAAAUGACGAAAUAAGAAGAAAAGAGGCAAACAAGCUGAUUGUCGAAUCUACGGACACGGUCGCAUGAUUUUCAGAAUUUUUCAGAACCACGAGAUGGGAAAGAUCAAGUAGACCAGCUUGUUUCAAUAGCGGUUUCGUUGACGUUGGUAAUUGCGGCGUGAAUAAACCCGUCGGUUAUUGAAUGAAGAAUGAUUCAAUUAAAUGCAAGGUCAAUAUGCGAAUAAGUUCAUCUGGUUUAUAUGGUUAUGCCGAUGCUGUAGAGUUCAACUGGGCGUGAGGAAUCAGAUUGAAAACAAAUUCGUCGAGUGAAGAUCGAGAAGACUGUUUGGAAAAUGGAUUCAGGUGUAUUGAAAAGCGCUGGGGAAAAUUCAGCUCUUUUCUUUCUGUCGAGUGACUCCGUGACCCGCGCUACUCGACUGGACUCGAACGCGUCCUCCGUUAAAAGGGAUGGACACGUUAUCACGCGCAAGACCGUUGACUGAAGAUCUUCUUUGGAGACGGAGGAGGACAAACAAAUUGGCAUUAACUCGCUGGACCGCUCUGCUCUCCGUUCUACUCGUCUCUGCCAUGCUCUGUCCUUUUUUCUCACUGCUUCCCACUUCACAGAAACGCUCUUCCUCAUACUUUUCACCCUUAAUCUGUUUAUCGCUCUUGCGAUGGUUCUGGGUCGCCUGGAUCUCCAGCAGUAUCGGUUUAAAACGAGUGUCCGAAAUAACCCAAAGGAAUUUUCCGAGGAAGUCGGAGUUGAUGUGCAUACAGGGGGUUCAACGAUGCGACUGCCAAAUAUGCUGAUGAACCUCAACCCCCGUGGUUUCGUGUAAUGAAAUUUAGACUUCAGGAUUUUUACUGCAAUUCGACGCCUCGAAUUGACGACUACAUAUUUUAACGUGCUUCUCUUUCUUCCUUCUUCAAAUAUUUACAUAUUUUUAGUUUUCAACUGAAUAUCAGAUUAUCGCAGAAUUAUAUUUCUGUAGCAACAGCGGAAUCUCAGGGUCUUAGUUAACGAUGCGAUCUUUAUAGUUCACUAUGCAACCGCGCAUGACCAUAACUGCAGGCAUUACUCUGCAACUCCAUAAGAAUUUCUUAUUGCAAUAAUGCGAAAAUAUUAAAGUUGCAGAGAGAACUUUCGAAAUUUUAUCGAUUCGCUACCACUUUAAUGGGUAACGAACGCUAUUUCAAACAGUUCUUUGGCAUGUGUCUUUAUGAAAUAUUAUGAUAUUACUGCAUCAAAAGCCGAGUAAGAAUUCCUUUUUUGCAGCACCUGCAGCAGCAGCAGCAGCAGCAGCAGCAGCAGACCUGAAACAUGAUUUUAUGGCAUCUUUAUAAUGUGGAGAUCACAAGUUGAGCUGGGAUACCGAGGCAUUAUUCUUCGAUAGUUGAAUAAGUACAUCGAUUUUCCUUGACGGGGAUCAACACGCGACUUGCCAAGAUUUUCAAGUAUCUCCGGUACCUCGAAGGUCUCGAGGUUUCCUUGAGUCUAUUUCCUGAUUGAAAACCUUUCUACCAACCGAUCUGUCUGUAACAGGAGGGAUAAAUUUCACGAGAUGAAUUUCAAAGGAUGGCCUAUUGCCCUUCUAUUAAUAACGACUUACUAGUCAAGAUCGAGGUAGCUGUAGCACAUCCGGUAGGUCCAUGACCGACAACGAUGAACUUGAGGAUGUUUGCAAAUCGAAUAUUUCCAAGAUUAAUCACAUACAGUUCCCAGGCUGCAGGCAUUUUAGCACCUCUGACCAUUCCGCCUGCACAUAUAGCUGUGCUUUACUAUUUUUGGCCAGAAUUCUCACGCAAUGUUGACAAACGUUACUGUUCGUGCUCGUGCUGGGAUACUGUCUUUAAAGGUUCAUAUGAAUCCGGCGUUGCCUCUUAUAAACACAUGUAUUUUAACGCCACAAUCAACACUAUCAAAAUAUGGUGUAUGAUAGUUUUUGGCAUAAUCGCCUUUUAUGAAAUUAUCAAACAUCUAGCUUGGCUGGCUAUGCAUUUUCGAUUGAGAAUCGGGAUGUUGAUACUUUUUUGUACUGCAGUAUUUUCUCACUACUAUUCGUGGUGGGUGUACAUAAAUUACUGGAACGACGAUUUUUACUCGCAAUGGUACCAUCAAUUAUUUUUCACUGCUACCGAAUUAUUGUCAACCAUUUUCGUCGUCCAUUUGGCAGACGUUCUGAAUCCGAUCACACAUAAAAAAGCAUUUGUUAUCGUUGCAAUUGCGGUUAUGCACAUCUUGGCUGGUAGUUGGGACCAGUUUAUUACAAAUGUUGUCCGAGGAGAAGGAUACGCUCAUCAGGUCAUUCGGGAUCUAGGCUUCAUGAUCCCCGAUAUUCUCCAUGUCGCGAUACCAUUGUGGUCCAUGGAGUGGCGUAGCAUGUACAGCUUGCCUGGUGGUAGCCCAGGCAUACGGAACAUCAGGAGAGACCUCAUUUACGUUUCAGGGAUGGUCGUAAUCGGAUUAUGCUUUUGUGCUUUUAUGUAUGGCAAGGAUUGAGGAGCUUGUAAACGAUACUUGAAAUUGAACAUUUGCUCAUCCAGAAAGUGAAGUAAUGGCAGGAUGAAAUGGAAACCCUCCGUGUUACAGGUACUGAAUUCUUGUUGGGUAAAAAUAGAAUAACUCCCUUAGGAAAGUUCAUGUGGGACUGAUUAUUAUAUUACCGAUGCAAAGAUUCUAAUUUGAAUCAAUAGCGUAGUACUAUAACGUAGUGUGAAGAGGUGGGAGGAUGCUGUCGUAUGUGAAGGGACAUAGUAGAUGACCGGAUGAUAAUUGCAAACCAAAGAAUAUAUAUACAACCUACCCCAACCUCAACUCACAUUGAAUUUUGAUCAAACUUUGAAAUCAAUUCAAAGAUGAUUUUACCUAGAAAUAUGUAGUUACUUAACAAUGCAUUGAAGGUUCAGUAGUUGACAUACAUUGUAGCUGGCCAUCCCUGCUAAUAGUAAACCAUUCGAACGUCGCUGUUUGAUAGAUGUUUGAUUACAACGUUGACUUCAUACAAUGUGAUAAGAAUGAUUAUAUGUAUAUUGCUGACCGCCAUAGAAGACGCUGAGAAAAAAUAAUAUGGUGUUAACCACUGACGAAAUCAAACUUGGAUUUUGUAAGAUCUAAUCGAAUUCAUCGAGCCGUAGUUCAUUGUUACUAUCAUGGAUUAGUAUGUAGCAGUAUAGCAGAACUAAAUAGAUUAUCAUUGUGACAUCUGUUGCGGGCUCGAUAGAAAAUUGUAAAUAAGUCAGUGUUUCAAACAGUUAGUGUGUUACUUGCAGACGCGAACUGAAAUAAAAACGAAUCACAAUUUUUUAUACAGCGUCUAUUUUAUGUCGAACACGCAACUGAUGUAGUUAUUACCAGAAUGAUAACCGCUGAAAAUAGUACGUAUAACGCGUUUCGCUUCACAAUUUAUCAUUGAUUUGAACUGACUUUUAGAAGUCAUUGCCAAUAUCUUGCAUCUUUUCAUAUCUUGAUCACAGUUGGACCUACUUGAUAUUAACUAUGCUCCAGAGUUAAAUCUUGAGCUACUCAUUUUCUGUUUACAUUUUUCAUUCUCUGAUAUGGAAAUUCUGUAUUUAUUCCAGCAAUUCAAAAUAAUUUGAGUACUGUUGUACUCAAUUAUCGAGACACUAAUUCUUUUGCAAUACAUCUUUGUGACCACAAACCAUUUUUACCUCUUGGUUGAUAAAAAUAUGUUUUUUCGCAAUGGCUGAUGCGGUCAUGUAUCUAGCAUCAAACCAAGUCAAAACUUGUUGCGAAUUUGAAAUCCACUUGUAUUAGUACAGAUGCUCUUUUCAGUUGAACUUUUUUCUGAAUGUUUUAUUCAUUUGAAAUUGGUUUAAACAUAAAUUCACUUUGAGAAGUUGUGCAUGUAAAGCUCGAACUGCACGCGCUCUUGAUGACUAUUUUGUUCUGAAUGCCCUUUCAGUGAAACUUUUAAGUUCUUCGCAUAGGAUUUCUCAAUGGAUGAUCGAAGCUGAAAAAAAUGUGAACAAUUUUUCAACAGUUCUAAGAAAGAUUAACCACAUCUGAUGUCACUGAGUGUGUGUUUAUACUUACCGAAUCAGGAUUGUGGUAUAAAAUAAUAUGGUCAUGUCAUUUUUAUGUGGAUUAUAGAUUCCAUGCCAUUCUGUUGAAUACUCUUAUUAGCAUCUCUAACGACCCUGGACUUCGAAUAUUACUUCAUACGUUCAAUUCUGCCACGAUUCGAAACCAAUUUUCUUCUAAGACUAACCAACAUCUGGAAAAUCUUCACAAAUCAUUCUUAUAUUUUCAUUGCAAAUUCCCAAUAAUUUUACUUACUUGCUCAUAUAACUAAAUGCAUUAGACCAUGUAGUGAAAUACUAUAAAGUCUACAAGCUGCACGUUUAAGAAGAGGAUGCUGUGUUUUCAUUUUUCAGAGAUAUAUUUUUAAUCGAUCGGAAGUCAAAGGGUGUCGAGUAACGACCCUUGGAAGGUAUGCCGAUGAAAAAAAAAAAAGUGAUCAUUAGGGUAAAAUAUUAUAAAGCAAAAGAGUUCAAUAAGCGCUCCUUUGUGCGUACAUUCUUUGGGCGAGUAUCUAUUUGCUGUAAUAUGGGGCGUAUGCUUUUGUUGCUUUUCUAUCGUCCUUUUCCAAUCUAACAAUAAAAUGAUUCACAUUUACAUGAAACUGCGUUGCCAGUCCAAACACUUUGUGAUUUCUGAAAUAACAGCAACGUCAGGCAUUCAGUACCAUCAGAUAAUCAAUAUUCAUAAUAUCAAUAUUUUCGUUCAUUUUCCUAUUCAACGAAACAGUUGUGAAACAUUUAUUAUCUGGUUUUUUCGCUUUGCUUUUUCAAUGACUGGUUCGAAGAAUUAUUUUUACACACGCGAAAUACGUGUUCGCUUCGCAGUGAGGAAUGUAAUGAAAGAAUUUUGAGUAACUUAUAAUUCUGUUACGAAUAAAAACUUGGACAAAAACUUUUGUAAAAAUUUCAAGAAAUAUAAAGAAACAACCCUUAAUU